GUGCUUUAAUUUUAUUGGAGUUUAAAAGCGUUGCUUAUAUUUUUACUUAAAUCUAAUAGAGAUUACAUCUAGAUUCUAUAUAGAAGUGGAUCUAGACUAGAUCUUAAGUGUUCUAAAUCAGAACCUUUGGUCUAUUGUUAGAUCUAGAUGUCAUUUAACAAUUGAUUAUCAUACGAAGAAAUAACCGCAAAAGUAUACCUUGCUCGCUAGCCGAAUCGAAAAAUGCUUAAAUUCUAGCAGGAAACAGUGUAAUAUUAUUUUAAAAUUAUUUUACUAAAGUUUAACAAUGGAGGUAUUGACUUUAAACAAAAUUAAAUGUUUUUCUUGUUUCUCUCUCCAAUUCUCUCACCUUUCCGAAGUUCUCAUCUAUCCGUCUUCCCGCCUUUCUAUACAUACGUCAGCAUUCGUCAUAACAUCGCCAUUUUGUACUAUUAUUUUAUAAUAGUUUGGCAAUAUUUCCUAAUUAUCAAUGUUUUUAAAAUAAUGCACUGGCGUCAAGACUUAAUAUACUUUUUUUUUUUGCUUCGUCUCUUCUUUGCAUCAACUCUUAUAAAUUAUCUGCUUUUGUGUUUUGUGUCCGUCCACCAGUCUGUCCAAUUUGAACAAGUUGUACAAGGGAUGCAUUGACGUCAUGAUGGCUCUGUCUGUCUGUCUCUUUCAGUCUGACUCUCUGUCUUAGUCUGUCUGUUUCUGUGGCUGUCUCUUUCAGUCUGUCUCUCUGUGGGUGUCUAUCUUAUUCUCUCUUUGUUUCUCUUUCUAUCUCUAUUGAAUUAUAUCAAUUUUUGUAGACCUACCAAAGCUAAAAGUAUGCAUUUUCUUCUAACUGAAAUAAAUAUUUUCACUUCUGCUUCGUAAUUCAAGAACAAAACAUUUUUAAUGUCAUACGAAAUGGAAUCUGGGUAUGAAAAAAACAAAACAAAAAUGGGUAUGAAGGGAAAAAAAAUCUAGUGGAAGCAUUCUUCAUGUCCGAUUGUGUCGUAUGCCCGUUUACUUGCUUACUCUCACUGCCAGCCUCUCUAUUGACAUUUUAUCGAACGCCCGUAAAGUUCGGCGAGAGGUCUUAGCACCAAGCGACGAUAGCACACACACACACACCACAAUUAAACUCAAAGACUCUCUGCCUCUAGAGACCUCCAAGGCAUACAGGUCCUGUUGUGGAAAGUAGGAACAAAAGUUCCCAUAGAUCACCUCGAUUGGGCCAUGUUUCUGCUCAUCUACCUCGAUCUAUUUCGAGAGUGAGUGCCCUUGCUUUGUUUUGUCCUUUCUUAUUGCUUGAUGCAUAAAUAGACUCAAGCGUUGAUUGGAUCGAUUACUUGAAAGUAGAGACAGAUUGGAUUGGAUUUGUUCUGACUUUGAACAGAUGACUGUUGACACGGAGAUCAGUGUCUUGACAAAGAAAAAGAUCCUACUCCAGAUAAACACUAGCUGAUACCGUUGGAUUCUGUUUUGCAGCAUCUAAAUCUAAUUAUUGGACUCGUAUGCUAAAUCACAGCCCGUCUGGUCAACGUGUAAACACGAUGGGAGGAUGCAAGUUGACGCUUUGAUCAAAUUACCGAAACGAAAUAAGGUGGCCCGAACUGUCUGGACAUGAUACCGUAUUGCACAAAGUACAAUAAAACAGAUGUAUAAUUAACAACCAAAAGCCAGUCAUUAUAAAACAUGAGAACGCAUGACCUAAGUGUGACGACAGAGAAACUCAACAGUUGAGACUUCAUGUUUCCUGCAUGUGCAAACCAGCCAAGAAGUGAGCCAGCGUUGUCUGUUGGAGGACUAGUGCGGACUCUGGUCAUGCCGGUCACACAGCUGAAUGUCCAGCCGGCCGGAAACACCAAAGAUCGGGGCAGCCCUUUUAUACUGAAAUGGAGAGAAGCUUCGAAGUAUGUGCGUCUUGCAUUAAUCUUCUGUGAUCACCAUGAAAGAAUCCACUGGUGCAGACAGCAAUAAGAGCAAUCAGGAGGAGUCUAGACACGGGGACUCAUUAACCAUCGAUGUCGGCCUCAAUGAGCUGCCUUGCACCGAAGAGGUCGUGACGCUAACCAACCCAAAGGAUGUGAUUUUUAGCGGAAAGGACUUGGGGUACGAAUGCGACGCCGAUCCCGCUUUGGAGUCGCAUGUACAAGGUGAGGUGAAGGCUGCCUGGGUCAGCGUGGAAGAGGAAGAACAACAUUAUGUCGACAAGUCUGGGCUACAUCUUCAGCAGCCACACCAGCAUGUUGUCUUUAUGACGUCCUGGCGCGACCGCUGCGCUUCGGAGGAGUCGACCAGGGUGUACACCUUGUCAGACUAUCCCCCGGAGCCAUGCAACCACUGCCCUGAGCUUACGACCACCGAGUUGCCGUUGGAAGACCCCUUGACGUUAAGCACUGGAGUCAAUAGUUUAGCUCUAGUGAUACCUGAACCUUGUCCACAGGAACUUUCUGACACCACAGUGCCUGUCCCCGAGACAAUUUUCACAGUUCCAUUAGAGAAAACAUCAGAUGAACAUUGUGAUGACUCGUGCCUUGUAGAAAUGAGAAUCUUACAGAAAUCUGAAUUACCCAGUGUCACAGCGUUAACAGAUGGACCAAACCUGGCCAAAAGGUGUGACUCCACUUUAUCCAGUGUCUCUGACAAACUGGACAUCUGUCGAAUAUGUCAUUGUGAAGGAGAGGACAAUAAUAAACUUAUCUCCCCAUGUUUAUGCUCUGGAAGUCUAAAGUUCAUCCAUCUUGCUUGCCUUCAGAAGUGGAUCAAAAGCUCAGACAAGAAAUCCUGUGAACUAUGCAACUUUGAAUAUGUCAUGACCACAAAGACCAAACCAUUCAAACAAUGGGAAAAAUUGACAAUGACACCUGCGGAGCGUCGCAAGAUUAUAUGCUCAGUGACAUUCCAUAUCAUUGCCAUCACCUGCGUCAUCUGGUCACUGUAUGUUCUUAUUGACCGCAGCACAGAGGAGGUUCAUUCUGGUGCCUUGGACUGGCCAUUCUGGACCAAGCUAAUUGUGGUGGCUAUUGGCUUCACGGGGGGGCUGGUGUUCAUGUAUGUUCAGUGCAAAAUGUACAUUCAACUCUGCCUGCGCUGGCGCCAGUUCAACAAAAUUAUUACAGUGGAAAACACACCUGAAGAUCCAGAGCUUAGGGCUGAGGCAGCUGCGAAAAUUAAGGCUAAAGCAGGGGAGAAAACUGGUGUUGUCAAUCCUGUGGCUCUGCAGGAAGUUGACUCAUUGUAACAAUUUAGUUUCAUUUUAAAGACUGUUUUUUAUCCUGAAAGUUUUCAAACUAAUAAUUUCAAAAUAUUAAUUGUUUUGAAGAAUAUGAAGAUUGAUGGUAGGUAUUGGUGAUCUUUUAUUUUAAUGAUUUUAUUAAUGCAAUUAAAGUGACAGGAAUUUUUUUUUUAAUAUCUAUCCAAUUAAUUAUGAAAUGAAUCUCACUUCUAACUAUGUUAAUGAAGAAAGAAUGACUAUUGUUUAAAAAAAUCUUAUGUCAUUAUAUUUUAUUAUUUGAUAUUUUUUUUAGCAUUAAACCUUUCUUUUUUUUUUUCAAAUUUUUUUAAAUUGAUCUCCCAUGAACUUUUUUUUUUCAAAGGGUUCUUCUUUGAAUAUUUUGUGUGUGUUGUAGACUUAAUCUUAACAAUCAAAUAGCUUUAAGUUUUGCUUCAAUGUCACAAUCUAAAGAAAUGUUUCAUGGAACACUUGAUAUUGUUUUAAUACACUCAUGACAUUAUCAUCAAGACUUGGCCUCAAUAAAUAUGAUAAUCUGUGGCCUAUUGUCAAAGCAUUCUAUAAAAAAAACUUUUUAGUCCAUUGCUCUAUACAUUAUUUUGUCUGUAUUAGGAUUUAUUUAUGAAUUUUUAUGGUGGGCAGACUAAUAAAUAAUGCCUAAUAAACUAGGAUUUGUAUUAUAUGAAAACAUAACCAACAAUCUGUACAGCAUGCUAUUUGUUUUCUUGGCACAGACUGCAACAGAGCCUAGAGCUCAGCAGGAAAAAGCUAGAAGAAGAAGUAUGGGAUGUUCUCCUACAUAAACAUCAACAAAACUGUAUUUUUAAUCCAUGGAACUGUUGAUUCUCUUAGGCUUUCUUUUUUUUCUUAAUGUUCUUUUAGUAGGCUCAUAGUGAAAUGAGAUUAGAUGUUAAUAGAUUCUUAACCACAACAUUACCUUAUUUUUGCGCAUAUGACCCGCAGGUUUUACAUGUUUUUACAAACAAAUGGCAGCUAUGGGGGGUAUAUUGAGGUUGUACAAAAUUUAUUUUACUCAUAACUAUAGCAUAAAGGAAACUAUGGACAUACCAGUGGGUCUCUAUACUUCUUAUAGUUUGUUUUGUGGUUGCGAAAUGUACAUUGGAAACGUUUAUGAACAUCUCGUUAUUAACCUCAAGAAAACAAAUAGUACAGAUGGGGCAGAGAAUUUUUAAUCAUUUGUGGCAAGUUUACUGCAAGUCACUCAUGCAUAUGCAGGUUAUAUAAGGCUGCGGGUUAUACAAUUUUACUUUACUUAUUUUGUAAUUUGUGUGGGGGGGUAUAUGCAUGUGCGGAUUAUAUAUGUAUGUGGGUUAUAUGCGUGAAAAUACAGUACAUCCAGUUUCUCUGUUGACAUUCAUUUAUUGGUCCCUGCAUUUGUGUCUACUUUUAGAUUUUGUAUUUCCAAGUCUUUUGUUUGGGGAAUAUUUGAAUGACUAGAAUGUUUAUAAAACUGUUGUGAAUUAUGACCUUUUUGCUUGCAAUGUUUGAGAGGAAUGGAAAGGGUUCGAUAUCACUCUAAAUGUUAUGAAUCAGAUUUUUUAGAGUGUCUGAUUGAAUGUUAAUGAAAUAAAAUAUCUGUACCCAAAGUCUUUCAAAAUGAAGUCAAAUCUCUCUCCACCUCAUGUUGUCUUUUUUCAAUGUACUUGUUUGUUCAUACUAAAUACAAGCUGAAAUUUUGUGGCAUGUCCAAGAGACUCUAGUACUCACUAAAUAAAAUUCAUUUUGAAUUUAGUUUCUUGUUAUUGAUUUAUUUUCUUGUUGCUUUUAAUAUAUACAAUUGUACCUCCUGGUUUCAGGGGAGCUAAUCAAAAUUGAAUUCUUUUCAAAUAAUAGAGUUGCUUUAAAUCAUAGGCUCAGUGCAAUCAUUACUCUCAAUAUCAUUUUUAUGUUUUUCUGGACAAUAACCAUGAUAAUUUAUUCUUUGAUGUUAUAUAACAUUUUAGUACUUUUGACAAGUGUCAACUUUCUUUCUGAGGAGCACACCCACUUACUGAAAUUGAACGUAGAAGUGAUUGAAAGAAACGGACAUAAAAAUGACUGUAACAUUGCUAAAUCACAUUGCACUAUUAGUAAAAUAAAUAUUUGAGAUAUUGUCCUGCAUUUAGUUACAAAGCUAGUUUUAUUUUGUAGGUACCAUGAAUUUGUAUAAUCAACAAAUUAAUUUUAUUUUGGCUGUUAAAGAAACAAAAAAUGUGUUCAUAGCUCAGAGAACAGGAAGGAAGUUUUCAAAAUUGAUUUGUUCUGGGUUUUUUAUCUAAGUGUUUGCAUAUUGAUAAUAAGACUUUAUAAUCUAAAGUUUUUAUAUUUAAUUCUACAAAGCUAAAUGAAUCUAUAUUCUUUUUAAAAAUGUUUUUUUUUUUUUGAAUAACCACUUGAUUUUAAAUGUCCUCUCCCUAUUUCAAAUGACAUGGAAAUGGCUUCAUAAAAGACAACAUAUUUCUCUAUGAUUUAAUAAUGGUUAGAAAAAAGUAUUUAGUGUCACUAAUCAAUAUCAUUGUUGAGGUGAGAUGUAGCACAAGUGACCUUCAAAACUUUAUCAUGCAUUCAUUGAGUGAUUGUUUUAUAACUCUAUUUCAUGUUUUAUAACUCUAUUUCAUGUUUUAUAACUCUAUUUCAUUGAUGGAUUUUGCUUCAUGUAAGGAUUCAACCAAAUAUUUGAUGAAGGAUUACUUGUAAAAGCAGCACUCACAAUCAUUUUUGUUUACAUUUUCAUUCUCUCAUUUUCUUAAUAAUUGUCUUGUUAAUGAUAUGAAAGUAGGAAGCUUUGUUAACAUUAGAAAAUAGCUACCCAAAAAUAUGAAAUUGCGAAAACGUAUGCAGAUAUGUAAAACAAUACAAUUUACAGCACUAGGUUUCAUAUAUAUAGAGUAAAGUGCAAAGUUCAAAAUUAUUAAGCCCGCAGGCAGCAAUUUUCACGUUUGGAAUUUUAUAGCACCGUAACGGUCUGACCUAUGAAAAAACUGAUGGUAUCUCUGAAUUCCUCGUCCUUUUUUCUAUAAUAAUAGAUUGAAUUUAAUGUAUCACUAGGCUUGGUUAAAAUUAAAUAUGAGUUCAAAGAGGUGUAGGGUAGGUAUCGCCAAGCGUAAUUUACCUCGAGCGGAUUUUUCCCCAGUUAGUAAGCUCGAAUGGGUUGAUGGAAGGUUCGAACAGAUCAAAGAAAAUAUAUCUAAAAACAUGUUUUAAUAUUUAAUUUUCACUAUAAAGUCAUUUUCUUUUUACUCCAGCGCAAGAACACCAUCCAUUGCACCAUUUCCCACCCUCCACAACUUCAAAUAGUCUCUUUAAGCUGAUGAGCAAUCAGACUUAAAAAUAGCCUUAAGCCAAUUACCCAGUUCCUUCACUACCGUGUAGUAAAAAAGAAUAAUUCCACACCUCCUGAGUUUGACCUCACCAUGAACUUAGCCUUUACAAGGAAAAGGAAAUAGUAUGUAUCGGAAGUAAAGAAAAAAGGUGCAUGCGCAAUAGCAAUAUAGUAGUAAUUUGGUAAACAUUCAAAUAAGAAAGUUCGAACCUCGUGACAAAUCGGGGCUGCUCGAACUUCGCACUUUACUAUAUAUAAUAUUUAAUAUAUAUUGUAUUAUUCAUAAUAUUUAGAAAUGCUUUUAUAAAUUUUCAAAAUUAUUUACCUGAAAUGCUUUGGAAAAUUGAUCUUAUGGAGAAUGUUAUUUUAAAAAAAAAAGAACAUUUUGCAAGAAAUCCUCAUUAAAUAUUUUGUUGAAUCCUUCUGGGUUUGCUUAGUCAGGUGAAACACUGCACUCAUCCUUUAUCUUUGAAAUGGAAGACAUUAUGUACAUACUUUCAAUGUUUGUUUUGCCAUUACAGAGAAGAACUAUGCCUAUAUUUUAUAUUUUGAGUAGCGAGUCUAACUAUUAAUAAUCUGUAACACUUAAUAGGCCAACUAAAAAAAAUAUUUGACCACAACAAAGCUUUAUUUUAUCAUCACAUGCCUAAAAUAAACUUUGAACUAUUGACCUACUUCUAAAAACAUUCAUUGAAAAUCAGAACAAGACUGUCUUGUACAUUUUGUGUGAUGUGUUGAAAUGAUGACCGUUUGUAAACUUUGGACUGUUUGUGGUCAUCCAUAGACUUUGUUAAAAGUGAACACUUGUCAAUAAUAAAAACUUUUACCAAAAUCAAA